UGAUAAAUAGGACAUUCCAAUGACCUCGUCACCAUUCAGCUCAGACGGACGGCAGGAGCAGACGACAUUAGCGGGCAUCGUAUGAUAGUAUCGGAAUUUUUUUUUUGGAGAUUCGGUCUAACGAAAUGGCGCGCUUCUCACUUUUGCUUCUUCUUGUUGCGGUAUCCUACCUCGAUGUCGGUGAAGGCAUUUCAUUUCAGGAGCUCUUCCGACAAGUCUGGGAAGAGUCUCCUUACGAUAAGUUGAUUCUAGAAUAUCAGUGGGCUCCAUCCUACUGUAAAAAGGAGGAAUGUAAAAUUAACAGAUUAGCCAAGAAAGAGUGGACAAUCAAAUCUCUAUGGGCCUACAAGAAUAUUGAUGAAAACCAUGAAAACAAGCUAAUAAAUUGCGAGGGCCCUGAAUUCAACAAUGAUGAUAUCAAUGACAUACGCCCGCAGUUGAUCAAGAAAUGGCCUACAUACAAACGCGGAGAAAAUAACUUGAAAUACUGGAAAAAGAACUAUGAGAAAUAUGGAAAGUGUGUAAACGAUUUGGAAAAGUUCAACACCAUGAAAAAGUACUUCAAAAACACGAUAGAGCUCUCCGACAAGUACAAAAUAAAAGAAAUCCUCCACAAUGGCGAUAAUCCCGUGAAUCCGUCCGUCACUCCCAAAUAUAUGUACAACGAUUUUAAGUCAGCUAUCAAGAAGUACAUCAACAAGGACCCUAACAUCAAGUGCUAUGAAAAGGAGAACAAGCAGUAUAUCUACGAGAUCGAUCUGUGCUUCAACAAGAAGUUAGAAGCAAUCAACUGUGACAUUUCCGAGAAGAUCGAUGACGAUUAUAAGUGUGACAUCGAGAAUAAGAUCGAAUACCCCAAGUUCCCGCAUUUCCAUCUUGGUGCAUAAUACUAUGGUGCACAAUACCAUGGUGCACAAUCACGUGUCACGUCCGGCGAGGUUCUCGCCAGACUAUCCGAUUGACGUUAAAGACAUUGAGGACAGCGUUAAUGACGACAAUGAAAAUGAGAUGGAUAAAGGGUUUUAAAUUUUCUUGGAAGGUGCAUAUCACUACAGAAGUUUCGAGUACGAAACUUUAGGCACCGAUAUACUGGCAAACCGGUUAUACUUGGCUAAGAACUUUGUCAUGACACCAUGUGAUGCUGUGGACAACAUUUUCUUACACAUGUUGUAGUCGAAAUCGCGUCUUUGACAUUUAUUAAUUGAUUUAUUCAGUCGACAUCCUAUAAAGGGUCUAGGUCUUCUUUCUGGUGUUAUGGGCUACCGUUAUCCAAUUUGUUGUUGUCACUGUUUGUUAAGUGUGUUUUAAAACAUGAUUGUAAGACGGGGGAAGCGAUACACUUCAAUUUAAUGAAAAAAUAAAUACAUAUUACAAUCAUAAUCGGUGUUUCAUUUAAUAAAAAGAGUUCAAAAUCAUCACUAAAAUAAUUCCUGCCAAUAUACUUCUGGUUCCAACAUAACCUGUUUCAAUAUACACUCUAACAAAUUAAAUGUUAAAUCAACAUUUUAAAAGGUUUGAGGGGUGACAACAUUUUAUAAAUGUUGCAUUUACCUCCUUAAAUGGUUCGACCUAACGCUUAAAAUGUUGGAUUUAGCCUUUAAGCAAGGUUGAAAAUAACAUUUUGAAAAGAUUGCACUUUCAACUGUUGAUUUAUCUUUUCAUUUCUUAGAGUGUACGCCGUAGGUGGCGUUAUCAAACAAAUCUUGCAUGGGGUGUAAUUCAGCUCGAGAACAUUUUCUUCGAAAACUAGCUGAUAUAAAUUUGAAUUGGACAUUAUGCUAAAUAAUAACUGAAUACUACGUGAACAGAUAA